AUGCGGUCCUGUCUCUCAAAUGCUGUCAAAGUACAGGCUCAAGAAUUGACGAAAGAAGAUUUCAAAGGCUCCAAUUGGUUGGUUUUAAGAUAUGCAAUACUCAAUUUAGAAGCUAUUCAAGCAGCCAUUGCUUUGGCCAAACAGGAAGGUCUUCUUGUUUCCUUGGACUUGGCCAGUUUUGAGAUGGUUAGGAACUUUAAAUUACCGCUUCUGAAGUUGCUGGAAUCUGGAGACAUAGACCUCUACUUUGCCAAUGAGGAUGAGGCAACAGAACUUUUAAGGGGCGAACAGAAUGCUGAUCCAAUAGCCGCAGUAGAAUUUCUUGCCAAAUACCGCCAAUGGGCUGUGGUAACAUUGGGCUCUGAUGGAUGCAUUGCUAGACAUGGGAAGGAGAUGAUACGUAUCCCGGCAAUAGGAGAAUCAAAGGCAACUGAUGCUACAGGAGCAGGAGACCUUUUUGCAAGUGGAUUCUUGUACGGAGUAGUUAAGGGUUUGUCACUAGAAGAAUGCUGCAAAGUAGGCACAUGUAGUGGUGGAUCUGCCAUCCGCUCUCUUGGUGGUGAGGUAACAUUAGAGAAUUGGCAAUGGAUGUACAAGCAGAUGCAAGUGAAGGGUCUUCCCACUCCCGAGGGCUUAUGA